AUGGAGCCUUUUGUUCUUGAUGGAAUCAUUAAUAGGCUGCUUGAAGUUAGGAGGAAACCAGGGAAGCAAGUUCAGCUUUCUGAGGCUGAAAUUAGGCAACUUUGCAUCACCUCAAGGGAUGUUUUCUUGAAGCAGCCUAAUCUUUUAGAGCUUGAAGCCCCUAUCAAGAUUUGUGGAGAUAUACACGGACAAUAUUCUGAUCUGCUGAAGCUUUUUGAAUAUGGCGGAUUACCUCCUCGUUCCAAUUACUUAUUUUUGGGGGAUUACGUAGAUCGUGGUAAGCAAAGUCUGGAAACCAUAUGCCUUCUUCUUGCAUACAAAAUUAAAUAUCCCGAAAACUUUUUCCUAUUGAGGGGCAACCAUGAGUGUGCGUCCGUAAACCGUAUAUAUGGAUUUUAUGACGAGUGCAAACGAAGAUUCAAUGUCAGACUCUGGAAAGUUUUCACAGAUUGUUUCAACUGCCUGCCUGUGGCCGCUCUCAUUGAUGAAAGGAUUCUCUGCAUGCAUGGUGGACUUUCUCCUGAACUGCGCAAUUUGGAUCAGAUAAGGAAAUUACAGCGACCUUCAGUUGUUCCAGAGACUGGUUUGUUAUGUGAUCUCCUCUGGUCUGAUCCCAGUGAAGACAUUCAAGGUUGGGAUGAAAGUGAUAGGGGAGUUUCCUAUGUAUUUGGUGCUGACAGGGUUACAGAAUUUCUUCAGAAGCAUGACCUUGAUCUACUUUGUCGAGCCCAUCAGGUUGUAGAAGAUGGAUAUGAGUUUUUUGCUGAUAGGCAACUCGUAACCAUAUUUUCAGCUCCCAAUUAUUGUGGAGAGUUUGACAAUGCUGGUGCCAUGAUGAGUGUGGAUGAGAAUCUAGUAUGUUCUUUCCAAAUACUGAGACCUGCAGAGAAGAAACCAAAGUUUGGCUUUGGGAGCACUGUUACAGCUAAGAGUGGCGCCACUCCACCUAAAAUCAAGCCAACUGUCCUAGAUGGGAAGCAGUGGAAGAUUGCAAAAGUAGCUAUCUUGGAUUUCUGGGGUCCAAGAGUUAAAUCUCACAGGCGGAGAAUCAAGAAAGGAGAUUAG